ACCCCAAUUUGUUAUCUUAAUCAUUUUUUGAUCUCUCAAGUUUUCAACUUUCUAGCUGCCUCUCUGGGUAGUUAUUUCUGGGAAAGCUUAGCUCCUUCUUCUUCUUCUUCUCUGUAUAAAACCCUCCCCAUUAAUUAUUUGAUCGUCUUUAUAUAAUUACUUUGGAUGUUUAUUUGCUCUGUUCUGUAUUCAUAUCAAUUCGAAGCUAUGUAUUUUGGUCCAAGAAAGUGAUCAAAGUAACCCAGUUCAUCAAUUUCUCUGGAAAGAACCCUACCAUGAUCAGAUUCCCACUACAUUAGGCGUACCAUUUUUGUAAUUUUUGUAAAUUUUCCGAAUUCGAAUGAAAGCAUUCAACUUUCUUCAUUUUCCUCAGCAACCAAGCAAACCAACAAGAAUUAACAUUUCAACAGGCUGGAUUUUCUUAGAAAGAACACUUGUUGCUACAUAAACAUGAGUACUCUGUUUUAAAGCCUCUUUUCUUUUUGAUUUUCGGUUGCCCUCACUUUGAUCCUUUGUUUUUAUAGGUAUAAGUGCUAGUUCUGCAAUGGCUUACGUUCCACCACACAGGCGGCACUUGAAGGAAUCGGAGAGGCCAUUGCUGACUCCAGAGCUGCUUGCUCCUCAAUACAAGAAAAACUUAAAUAUCAAGCCAUAUAAUAAGUCUAAUGUGGAAUGUAAUGGAGAAAUAGUUUAUGCAGACCAUUCUACAUUUAGAUGGUGCGCCAUCGCUUUGGAUGACGAGAACCAGUUUCCAUCUUCUGUUAAUCUUGAGCCCAUUACCUUGGAGUCAGCUGAGCUGAAUUAUGGAAAAAAUCAUGUAGCUCUGAUCAAUACUAGUCUAAUUAAUGAAGGAGGUGAGGUGAAAUGGAAUUUGCCAAGGAGCCCUUGGGAAUCUAUAACAGAAAAUGUGCUGGAAGACUUACUUUCGACAUUUAAACACGUAAGGAAUGAAAUGAAGUCUACAAAGCUCAAAGAAGUAUAUCCAACCUUGGUUGCCAGAGUAGGGAAAGUACUCUUUCGCAGGAGCCCUUCAGUUAACAUGGAAUCCAUCAGAAAAAAAUUGUGUACUGAAAUCUCGAAACAAUGGAACCGAUUAUUUUACAUAAACACUCCUGUUUCAUAUAAGGAAAAGAUUGUGAACGAAGUUGUCCCCAAAAUUGGGGUUGAUUCCGAAGAGGAGGAAGAUACAUACGAAGUACAGUUGUCUGAUUCUACGAAUCCAGAUUCACCUCUCUUCUGCAGAUGUCGGGUAAUGAAAGAACAUGGAAAGCUUCAACUCUGUGAGAUCAAAUUAAAUCGAGCGCGUAACAUGGUAGUGGACAUUUCAUGCACUACUAAGAAUCUGGACCUGAGGCUAAUCCUAUACACGACAAGACUCGCAACUAAUCUGACUGAUGAUGAGAUGCAAAGCAUUACGGAUCUGAUUAAUUCUGCGAUUCUAGAUCCAGAUGUGAAGGGUGGAUUGAGAUGGUCUCCGGGGAAGGAGUCUUCUGGAGAUAAAUACAAAGUUGUUAGGGUUUGGCACAUAAUAGCAAAUACGUAUAGAAAUUCAUCAGUGAGACUGGAAGUAAAACGCACUGAUCGAUUUGAUUUCAGAACCUUAACUGGGGAAGCUUAUUGGGGGACAAGUCUGGUGCUGGAAAACGUCAUGUCAAAGUUACAGGAAGAGAAUGUCGAAGCCAGCUCAAUUUACGAGAUACUCAAGGAAGAUAUGCAGUUGAUAUGGGAUAACUUCUUAAGCUUUGAAGAAGAAGAAAAGCUACCUCACAAGGCAAUGCACAGAAUAAAGCUACCUCAAUUUGUUACCUUAAUCAUUUUUUGGUCUCUCAAGUUUUCUAAGUUUCUGUCUGCCUCUCUGGGUAGUGAUUUCUGGAAUUUGGACCUCAGACUCAUGCUAUGCAUGAAGAAGAUCGUAACAGCUUUCGCUGAUGAUGAGAUGCAACGCAUUAGGGAUGUAAUUAGUUCGGCGAUUCUGGAUUCAAAUGUGAAGGGAGGGUUGAGAUGGCCACUAGGGAAGGCGUUUUCUGGAGGCCGGUAUAAUGUCGUUGAAAUUUGGCAUACAUUUACCACUAUUUAUGAAAAUCCAUCUCUGAAACUAAAGUUAAGGCAUGCGAAUCGCUUCGAUUUUACCACCUUAGCUGGUGAAACUGGUUGGGAGGUUAGGCUGUUUCUGAAAAUGCUCGUUUCAAAGUUACAGGAGGAGAAUGUUGAAGUCGGCUUGAUUUCUGAUAUGCUGCAGGGGAAUGUGAAGUUCAUAUGGGACAACUUCUUAUGCUGUGAACCUUUUCUAACAUGAAAUGGAACUGCACGUUGUAAACUUCUCUAUUGGAACAAUGAUUUACUACUUGGUUUGUUGUAAACCCCGGUAUUUUUUGGCACUCGGUUCCUUCAUCUUAAGUCAUGUUCAGUUUGCUUUUUAGAUUCGGAACUCUUAGUCGAGCUGAUGGCGAGAUCUUUUCUGCUGUUGGAGUGAUUGCUUGCGGGAGUGAUUUGCUUUGCUCAAUUAUGAUUUUGUCAUUACACUGUGGGAUGAUGGUUAUGAAUUUGUGAUUU